CCCACCCUUUCACGCCGCCGCCGCCGCCACCGCCGCCGCCCCCACGUCUCCACAGCCGCCUCCGCCUCCGCCUCCGCCGCCGCUCCUCCUCCUCCUCUCGACGCGGAAGCAAUGGCGUCGGCGUCCUCCAUGAUGAUUUCCUACUCUCCCUCCUCCCUAACCCCGAACCCUAGGCGCUUCCCCGUCGGCCGACAGCGCCUCGCCGUGUCCUGCGCCUCAACCGGCGACCCCGCCCCCUCCAACCACACCCCUCCCGCGCCGUCGCCCCCUCCUUCGGCGACGGCCACGAUCCACAACAUCCGGGACGAGGCCCGCCGCCACCGCCAGGCCCACGCCUUCUCCGCCAAGUACGUCCCUUUCGGCUGCGACUUCACCGCCUCCGAGUCCUACUCGCUCGACGAGAUCGUCUACCGGAGCCGCUCCGGCGGCCUGCUCGACGUGCAGCACGACAUGGACGCCCUCAAGAAGUUCGACGGCGCGUACUGGAGGAACCUCUUCGACUCGCGCGUGGGCAAGACCACGUGGCCCUACGGCUCGGGCGUCUGGAGCAAGAAGGAAUGGGUGUUGCCCGAGAUCGACUCCGACCACAUCGUCUCGGCCUUCGAAGGCAAUUCCAACCUCUUCUGGGCUGAGCGUUACGGCAAACAGUUUGUGGGCAUGGACGAUUUGUGGGUCAAGCAUUGUGGGAUUAGCCAUACCGGUAGUUUCAAGGAUCUGGGCAUGACCGUUCUGGUCUCUCAGGUUAAUAGGCUAUGCAAGAUGGACCGGCCGCUGGUUGGUGUUGGGUGUGCGUCGACUGGGGACACUUCGGCUGCGCUCUCGGCCUACUGUGCAGCUGCGGGCAUUCCGUCGAUCGUUUUCUUGCCCGCGGAUAAAAUUUCGAUGGCUCAGUUGGUGCAGCCCAUCGCGAAUGGGGCUUUCGUGUUGAGCAUUGAUACCGAUUUCGACGGGUGUAUGAAGUUGAUUAGGGAAGUCACGGCAGAAUUGCCGAUAUAUUUAGCCAAUUCAUUGAACAGCUUGAGGCUCGAAGGGCAAAAGACUGCCGCGAUCGAGAUACUGCAGCAGUUUGAUUGGGAGGUGCCUGAUUGGGUCAUCGUCCCGGGUGGGAACUUGGGGAAUAUCUAUGCAUUCUACAAAGGUUUCAAAAUGUGCCAUGAAUUGGGUCUGGUUGAUCGGAUCCCAAGGCUUGUUUGUGCUCAGGCUGCGAAUGCUAAUCCACUCUACUUAUAUUAUAAGGCUGGUUGGAAGGAUUUUAAGGCAGUGAAGGCGAACACCACAUUUGCGUCUGCUAUACAGAUUGGUGACCCUGUUUCCAUCGACAGAGCCGUUUAUGCUUUGAAGAACUCGAAUGGUAUUGUUGAGGAGGCAACGGAAGAGGAGUUGAUGGAUGCUAUGGCACAAGCAGAUUCGACCGGAAUGUUCAUAUGUCCUCACACUGGUGUCGCAUUGACGGCGCUGAUCAAGCUCAGGAAUAGUGGGGUCAUUGCGCCCACAGAUAGGACAGUUGUGGUUAGCACUGCCCACGGAUUGAAGUUUACGCAGUCCAAAAUUGAUUACCAUUCCAAAGGCAUCCCUGACAUGGCUUGCCGGUAUGCCAAUCCUCCAGUGCAAGUGAAGGCAGAUUUUGGGUCAGUCAUGGAUGUUUUGCAGGAUUACUUGAAAAAGUAUUAAGGUGUUGCUUUUUGCUUAACUGCUUGUAUCUUAAGUUAUGCAAUGUUUUUAUCUCCAUGGUUAGCAUGUAAAACUGUUAACGCAAUUUGUCAUUUAGGGUGCUAUUUUUUCAAUAACCAUUUGGUGAGUGGAGAUUAUUGAAAUCCAGCAGUAUUUUCGGAA